AUGUAUUUUGUCAAUAUUUUUCGAUGCAUUCAGAAUCCAAAGCCGUUGUUGGUGUUCGUGAAUGUGAAGAGUGGGGGCUGUCAGGGCAUGGAACUCAUCUCAUCUUUCCGUCGACUUUUAAAUCCUUAUCAGGUGUAUGACCUGGAGAAUGGUGGACCUCUACCAGGUUUGUACGUAUUCCGGCACAUCCGAGACUACAAAAUCCUGGUGUGUGGCGGAGACGGAACGGUGGGCUGGGUGCUGCAGUGCUUGGACAAUGUGGGACAGGAUUCCGAGUGCCAAAGUCCUCCUUGCGCCAUCCUUCCCUUGGGGACAGGGAACGACCUCGCAAGGGUUCUGCGGUGGGGACCUGGAUACACAGGUGGGGAAGAACCCCUCACGAUACUCAAGGAUGUCAUCGAUGCAGAAGAAAUCAGGCUCGACAGGUGGACUGUAGUGUUCCACGUGGAUGAAAAGGGAGACGACAAGUCCGGUCCUAAUGCCUCUAGUUCAGAGGACAACACGGCAAUCUACGUCAUGAACAAUUACUUCGGAAUCGGAAUCGACGCUUCUCUCUGCCUCGACUUCCAUAAUGCCCGAGAAGAAAAUCCAGAUAAAUUCAACAGCAGGUUUCACAAUAAAGGCGUGUACGUUAAGAUGGGUCUCCGAAAAAUGGUGAGCCGACGAACGUGGCGGGAUUUCCACAAAGAAGUACGGCUCGAAGUAGACAACAAAGUAAUAGACCUCCCACCUGUUGAAGGAAUCAUCAUACUCAAUAUUCUCAGUUGGGGGUCUGGUGCUAACCCUUGGGGCCCGGAGAAGGAGGACCAGUUUGCCAAGCCAACCCAUUACGACGGCAUGUUGGAAGUGGUGGGAGUCACUGGCGUCGUCCACAUGGGACAAAUACAGAGUGGAUUGCGGAGUGCCAUCCGCAUUGCACAAGGAGGACAUUUGCGGAUUAAACUAUACACCGAAAUGCCAGUUCAAGUCGAUGGAGAACCAUGGAUACAAAGUUCUGGUGAAGUUGUAGUCCUCAGAUCUGCUCUUAAGGCCACCAUGUUAAAGAAGAGCAAAGGGAAAAUGAAGAGAAGGAACACAGAACCUAGUAUGGUGGUAUCACCAAUGGAAAUAAGUCAAGAUGUGCCAAGUAGUUCAGGACCUUUUUAAGGAUUUAUAUGCAACACGAAAUAUUGAAACAAACUUAAAUAAAUUACUGAGAUAGACUAAAACAAAACAAAGCAAACACUAUUGCUUCGGUGUCUAAGGCACACCUUUUCUCUUAAGGUUAUUAAUGAUUGGAAGUUGUUACAUGGAUUGCAGAAGUGCUAGUGGGGCCUAAAAAUUGGAACAAUUAAAAUGCUGUUUGCAUAAAUUAUUUUCUGAUGCGGUUCGAACGAAUCUGUUAUAUGAGGACUCAAUAGAUAAGCAUAUCAAAAGUAUUUUCGAAAAUGUCAAUAUUAUUUUGAAAAAUGAAUUGAAUAUUACUAUCUGAACAAGUGCUGGUUUUGACAAAAAUAGGUUCUUUGUGGCAUGAAUGCUAUGAAGUAGAUUUUUGUUGAUUUUUGUACAGAUAAUAAUCCACUUGCAUAAGUAUUUUUUGUUGAAAAUUACUUAAAGAAUGAAAUGUAUUUCCUUAUUAAUUUUACACUUGCUAUUCUAAAUAACGCAAUUAUUAUUUUCAUACAAAUGUGUGUAACAAACAAUAAUGAUUGAUAAAUUGCUCAGAAUGAUUUAAUAUAUCUUCAACUUUACCAAAUCCUCAAAAAUUUUUAUCUAUUAUAUUUUAUGCAAAUGUGGUUUUUCAUAUACUAGUACAAAUGUACUUCAAAAAAUGGAAUCUUUGUUGCUCCUCUGAAAGCUUGUGGUGACCAACCUAGGCUGAAAACUUCUGUUCCCUAUAUUUUA